ACAGCUGAAUAUAAGCAAAUCUAUUGCUGGCAAUGAAAAAAAUAAAGAAAUUGGGAAAAAAAAAGCAUGGGGUCAGCUCUCUCAAUCCUUACCAAGCCCUUCAGGUCUGGUAUGGAUUCUGAGAGGAGUUUGGGAAGAUUUGCACAUGUGUUAGCAAAGUUUUAUGGUACUUUGGAUGGGUGCAGGGGCGGACUGACCAUUUGGAAACUUGGGCACUGCCCGAGGGCCCGGGGUCAGUAGGGGGCCCCAUGGGAUGCCCCUGGUACCUUUUUCAUAGGCUUUUUUGAGUUUGGGCAAGGACACAGGGACCCCAUGAUCCCCUAUUGCCCGGGG